AUGUACAUCAUCGAGGCCUCACAUGAACUUCGGGAGCUCGCCGUCAAAGUUCCUAUCCCCAUCGAAGACAUGCGCCCUGUACCAGAACGACAGAUAUGGAUGACAUCGUCUUCACCCAGCCCGGAAGAGACUGCACUACUUGAUCACUACUAUACGGAGUUGUUUCCAAGAAUUUCUCGGGCGGCCGAAAGUGACGGCCUAUCAGGCUUAAGCCGCGGGAGCCCGGCGCAUAUCAUUUGUAUCGAAAAGGGGGGGAUGAUGUGGCCCGGCAAGAAUCAAGUUGGAGUAUCAAUCGUUUUGGAAUCUCUACCCUUGAAGAAUCCAGUUUCCGAGACACCAAAAGAGGUUGCCAGUACGGGUCCAAAUCUCAAUGAUGGCGAUAUUGCUACCGAAACCCCGUCGCCUCAAGCGACUGGUGAAGACGCAAAUGUUGGUGCCUCAGAGCCUUGUAGGACACACGAACAACCACGGCGCAACAACAAACCAUCAGAACCAUCAGAAGAUAUUGCACCUCUAGAAUCUAGGCCACCACAGAAACUGCGCGACAGACAACACAAAAUUCUCCAGACCCUCGGCCAACCACGGCGUGUGGUGACCUGGAGGAUGACUGAGCAGCGUCGAUCGUCUAUCCAGCCUCGGACCCUCAGUGUAGGCGACAUUCUCGUGCUUAAUGAACGAGAAUUCAUCGAAAUACUAGCCGGUGGAAUUCCAUUGCUCACGAUGCGAUGCCACGGCGAGAGGAUUGAGCAUCAGAUAGAAGAGAAGGUCUAG